AUGAUGAACUCCACCACCGUCACUGAGUUCUUUCUAAUUGGAUUCCCGGCUCUUAAUCAUUACAAGUUCCCUUUCUUCUCUAUUGUUCUUUUUAUGUAUUGUAUUAUUAUAUGUGAAAAUCUUAUGAUCAUCUUCCUGGUGUUCACAAGCCGACGUCUCCGUUCUCCGAUGUAUUUCUUCCUUGGACAUUUGGCUCUGACAGACAUUAUCCUUGUGUCAAGUAUUGUCCCUAAGGCACUGGAUGUUAUCAUAAGGGAAGGGAGUUUUAUAUCUUAUGUUGGGUGCUUAACACAAUCUUAUCUAUAUGGAGGAACAGUCAGUGCUGAGUGUUUUUUGCUCACAGCCAUGUCCUAUGACCGGUACUUGGCCAUCUGUAAACCGCUACAUUAUAUGGCAAUGAUGAGUGCCCAGCUUAGAUAUAGCCUGGUCAUCUCCUCCUGGGCGCUCAGCUUUAUGUUACUUUUUAUUUCACUUUUACUUAUAUUAGGCUUAGACUUCUGUGGACCAAAUGUUAUGAACCAUUUCUUCUGUGACUAUGCUCCAUUUCUAGAACUUUCUUGCUCAGAUACAACCGCCCCUGACAUUGAAGUGAUUGUCAUUUGUUUUCCAAUAGUCAUAUUGCCCUUUUUAUUUAUUAUUGUAAGUUAUGUUUAUAUCUUUAACACUAUCUUUGGAAUUUCCUCCACAUCAGGCCGGAAGAAAACAUUCUCCACCUGCAGCUCUCACUUGGUGGUUGUUUCAACCUAUUAUGGGUCCAUGCUUAUGAUCUACAUGGUCCCUCAGAGAAGACAUUUAGACAGAAAGAACCUGUGGAAUGAACUUGACGGCAAAAACCUGAUAUUCAGUAUUAAAACAGAUUUGGAAAUAUAA